CUCCCUUCGUGCGUCUGAGCCCCGGCUAUUGUGGCCCUCACCUGCAGCCGGCACCCAACGACCCGCACCGCUGUCCAGAACAUUCGCCGGCGUUCGCGGAGCGACGCUUGUGGCGAGCCCUGCAGGUGAAUGCCUCACCUGCAGUCGUGCGGAAGAGUGCCACCCCGCAUCCGUCGACCCGCGGCGAGACGACACCUCGUCUCUGCUGGCGUCACGGACGCACUCUGCCGACGGCGCGCAGACGACGCUCGAUUCCAGCCGCGAACACCAACCGCUGCUGCAGAUGGAAGCCGGCGCUGAACCUACUCGGAGCACCCUAUGCAGCAAGACCAGCAUACUGCCCUAUUCUCUCAUCGGCGUCCUGUUCGCGGGUCUCGUAACUGCGGCGGUGCCAGCAAUGGUCGGCGCUCCAGGCGGUCGCCUGGCUCCUCACGACCUCCUACCGGACCAGGAGCUAUCGCCUGGAUGGUGUCAACCGGAGCCGCUCUACAACGCCCCUCCGGAUCUCUCGGACGGAGGAGUGUUGAUCGAAGACCCGCCCUUCUACGACCAGCAGCCGCGCACCGUGGUCACGGCACCGUCGGGCGAUGAUGUUCGCGACAGACCCCUAAAUUUGGCGGCAAGAUCCAUCGCCCGGAGCAACGUGGCGCACAGCUGGGCCCUGUUCGACUCAACGGGGACAGAGCAAUGCGUAAGCGAUUUGUUUCGCCUAUCCGAGAUCCAGGUGUCGGUCAUCGAGGAGGGAAAUAGAAUAUGA